AUGGCUUCCUUGAGUCCUAGCAACAAAUACGCUGAGGCAAAGACAUGCGUCUUCUGGGACAUUGAGGAUUGCCCAAUCCCAGAUGGUCUGAAUCCGGAAAUGGUUGCCAAGAACAUCAAAUCAGCUCUUGUGAAAAAGGGUUAUCUUGGUGAGGUCACAAUCUGGGCUUAUGGUGACAAGUAUCAGACCCAAGAUUACUAUCAAUCUGCAGGAAUCAAACUCCUUUGCGAAGGGAGCAAAUACGAGAGAUUUAGAAAGAUGCAUUUGGAACUUUACAAAUGGAGAUUGACUCAUGCACAUGAGUUGACAAAUAUGAUGGUCAUAACAGGAAAUAACUUUGAAUUUGCGUCUUCUCUCCAACGUCAUAAAGAGUCGGAUCAGAACAUUCUCACUGCAAAGCCUGAAGACGCACCAGGAAGAUGUGGCGGUUGCAGCUUGUCGGAAGCAGUUGUCACCGAUGAGUGGAUUUGGGAAAGCCUAGCAGCUGGAGGAGACCCUAUCGCCAGAGCUUUGUAG